UACAGCAGCUGAAGAUGACCUGUAGGGAGUUGUGCUUGGCUCUACUCCUCUGGGUUCUCCCAGUUAAAAGCUUACCCUCCACAAACAUCAAGAUCACUCAUGCCCUUCCUCUCCAGCUGCCAGACUCAGCCCCCCCUGCAGCCUGUCCUCUCUUCUGGACCCAGUUUGGAGGAAACUGCUAUCGCUUCUUCCCCCUCAACCGGACCUGGGCCGAGGCGGACUUAUACUGCUCAGAGUUCUCCAACGGCCUCAAGUCCGCCAAACUCACCUCCGUGCACAGCUGGGAGGAGAAUGUAUUUGUGUAUGACCUGGUUAACAGCUGUGUACCUGGAAUCCCCACAGACAUUUGGAUAGGCCUGCAUGACAGGAGACAGGAGGGCACUCUCGAGUGGACAGAUGGCAGUAACUAUCAAUUCAGUUACUGGGACAGCAACCAGCCAGACGAUGGAAUCCACCGCAUUCCACAGGAUGAGGACUGUGUUGAGAUCUGGUUCAGACACAACAGUGCACUGAGGUCCUGGAACGACAACAGCUGUGACAAGGCCUUUCCCUUCGUUUGCAAGAUCCCAAUGUUGGAAAACUAACUGUGAUCCUGUCUUCAGUCACCACUGUACAACAACAUUGUCUUGUUGCCGGCUGCACGUAGAUCACUGGUGUUGUCACACUGAUAUAGAGUGUUUUCUCUAUGAUCACAUGUAGAUAUGAUAUAACUGGACUGAUAUACAGUGUUUGCUUUAAGAUUACAUGCAGAUAUUUGGAUGACAGGGAAUGGUAUGGUUGUGAUGUAGAGCUGGUCUCAGCUGUGAAAAUGUGAGGUGAGCCUUUUUUCUAGUAAAAGGCAAAUAAGUAGAAUAGAAUAUGGUGCAGACUAUUGUUGCAACAUAUGCAGUCAUGCUUUGUUGCUGCAUAUUUCUGGACAAUGCAGGUCAGUAAUGCUGUUGGGGAACACAUUUCAGCACCAUAAAAGCUACCCUGGCUAACACCACAUUGUGCAGGACAGAAAGGAUAUGUCUCUGCUUAGUCUGGAUGGGCUCCAUUUGUUUGGAAAUAUGCACUCAUAUUCAUUGCAUGGUUUUUAAGUAACCCUCCCAAUACUGCAUUCUACUGACACAAAUUUCCAUUUUUAGAUGUCCCAUUAACAAAUACGAUGACAGAGCUUUCCAUUGAACUCAGAACUAAGUCCCAUUUCCUACACGGAAAAGUUCAAAGGAAUGCCAGUUCAGCUGGAAGUCCAAGUUGGGAAUUACGGAUCUGAAAGCUCCAGGUUUGAC